AUGGAAUCACAACGUCCAGCGAGGAUACCUCCUCCUGGUCUACCUAUCCUAUCCGGUCCGCCACCUAUCAUCGAAUCUUCCAACUGUAGACAGUGUGCCAAGGAGUUCAACUUCCUCUUCCGCCGUAAACAUGUCUGUGGUCAUUGCGGAUACGAAUACUGUUCGAACUGUAUCUCAGACGGUCAAGCUUUGAUGCCUCGUAAAGCCGGUCAACCAUCAACCUUAUCCUCUUCUAAUUCCAAUUCCAACGGGCCAAGUAAUUUCUUCAACGAGAUCAAAGAGGGUUUGAAAGAGGGUUUGGGACUAGACGAAAAGAAUAGUAAUAAUGCUGCGAGUGGGAGUGGGUAUGAGGUUGAGAGUGUUUGUUUGCCUUGUUUAAGCAUGUUACAAGUGACCUCCGCCAACUUGACUCAACUUCGAUCAUUACCUAUCAAAAGACUGAAAGAAUACCUAGCAGCGUAUAAUAUACCGUGUAUCGGACCAAAAGAGAAAGAAGAUUUCGUUCAAGCUGUUAUCAGAGCAAGGAAUCCAAGUACAGGUUGUCUAUCACAUGAGGCAGAGAGUUACUAUAGAAGACGAUCUGUACCUAAAUCAGGUCAGAUACCUUCAUCCACACCUACACCUACGCCCCGUCCGAGACCUCCUCCCCCUACUCAAGCUAGACCACCUCCCCAACAGCAAUACUCCCGUCCACCACCACCAAAUCAGAAUUACUAUCGUGCACCACCUCCCCAGAACCACUAUAGACCACCACCACCUUCACGACCUGCUCAGCCUACUCCUCGACCCGCUCAACAAGCUAGACCACCCACUACACCUAAACCACAAGCUUCACCUGCACCUCCUCCUCCUCCUGUACCUACCAUCUUAUCGCUGGUCAGUCUACCCAAAUCGUAUCUUUCUUCGUUGAGUAUAGGUACGCUCAAAGCGAUCUUAUAUGAGAAUCACGUCAGGGUGGAUUUCAAGCAGGUUCUAGAGAAAGAACAAUUGAUAGAUCGAGUCAACGAAUUGAUCAUUGAUGAACGGAAGAGACUGGAAAGACAGAGAAUAGAAGAGGAGAGAUUAUCAGCGGGACUGGCAGCCCCUGCGCCGACAGUCAAUGGUGACACUCCUUCAGAAGAAGCAGAAGGAAAUGUAGAUGCCAACGGGGAUGGGUUAGAAGAUAAAAAUAAGAAAGUACCAACUGGACCUAUGCCAGAGAUAGAUAGGGGUUUAUGUGUAGUCUGUCAGGAUGAGGAAGCGACGUUAGCGGUUGUGGAUUGCGGGCAUCUAUGUAUGUGUGCUCACUGUUCCGAUUUGAUCAUGGCCACAAGUCAAGAAUGUCCAUUAUGCAGAACUAGAAUCGUAACUUCUCAACGCCUAAUCAGAAUUUAUAGAACAUAG